ACCAUGUCUCAAUCCUUCAACACUACUUCAAAGUUUUCACCUUUAAUCCCCAAAACCAACACUUUCUCUUUUCCCAUGACAACCCCUCCUUGUUCCAACUUUGAUGGACAAAGUAAUGGCGACCAACCCUCGUCGAGUUCGCGUUGGAAUCCGACGCCGGAGCAGCUGUUGGCACUGGAGGAACUCUACCGACUUGGACUGCGGACGCCGACUGCCACACAAAUCCAGACGAUUGCCGCGCGGCUACGUAGGUUUGGGAAGAUUGAAGGGAAGAAUGUCUUCUACUGGUUUCAAAACCACAAGGCAAGAGAAAGGCAGAAACGCCGCCGUGGAGUAUUAGAAACUGCUUCUAAAGAUGAGGAAGCAGAAGAACAACGUGAUGUUCAUGAUGAAACCUUGGGAAAGAGAGAAACAGGGUUGAGAAGGACAGGUUAUGAAGCUGAAGAGACAAAGACCAGGGGACCUCCUUCGAACAGCACUAGACAUUCAGAGGGAUCUACAGCAGCAACUGCAGAAAGUGGACCAAAUGGGUGGAUACCAUUGCAGGAGAGGGAAUUACAUCAGAAGAGAAAGCAAACCCUAGAAUAUAAUUUGUCUUAUUCUCCUAUUUCCUUCAUAAACCUCAUCAACACAACUCCAUUAGACCUUCUAAAUUCUUCACCUAAGUCCAUCCACGAGAACUUUACCAAUCUUGAAGAAGAAAACAGAGAAGAUCAGACCCUGGAGCUGUUUCCUCUUCAAAGCAGCAUACGUGAUCAAACCGGCAUUAACUUUGGGAAGAAACUAGACACCCAAUUUCACAUCACAACCAUAAAUCGCCACACCAACUUCACCCCAAACCAGUAUAUUGAGUUCCUCCCUCUCAAGAACUAAAGAAAGUAGCAGAGGAAGCAGCGCUAGGAAAGUAGUGUUUGUGUCAUGCAUGGUACAAGUAGGAUAAUGAACAGCAAGUGUUAUGUGUGCAUGGGAAGGUAAGAGGUUGCCUUAAAAUGCAUUUGGACCAUGUGGUUAAUCCAAGGUAGGGUUCCAUCGUUUUCUUUAUGAGUAUAAAAUGGAGAUAAUUUGUGUUGACAGUUUUGUCUAUAUGUUGAGAGGGAGAGAUGGAGAGGCAAUGGAGAUGUAGGAACGAGGAAGAACUUGAUGGUGAAAUGACCUAAAUUUUGGAGUUG